AUGGCCGAAUACCGUUCGCGUUGUAUCUCGAUUUUGCUGUUCUGUUGCUGGGUAGCAGUGUCAGACGCCGGUUACGCGCUAUAUCAAGAUUCCAAACAGCCCGUCUCCAAGAGAGUCGAGGAUCUUUUGAGCAGGAUGAGCUUGGCGGAAAAAGUCGGGCAGAUGACACAAAUUGAACGACAAGUAGCAUCAGCUCAUGUUAUGAAGAAGUAUUUCAUAGGCAGUGUAUUAAGUGGUGGAGGUAGUGCCCCGGCCCCACAAGCGUCCGCUGAGAAGUGGAUCGACAUGGUUAACCAUUUUCAGAACGGUUCGUUAUCUACACCUCACAAGAUACCAAUGGUAGAUCCUCAACUGGUGAAAAGAAUAGGUAGUGCGACGGCUCUUGAAGUCAGAGCUACAGGCAUUCAAUAUGCUUUUGCGCCUUGCAUUGCGGUUUGUAGAGAUCCAAGAUGGGGCCGUUGUUACGAAAGCUACAGUGAGGAUCCGAAGUUGGUUGAAGCCAUGACAGAACUCAUACCCGGAUUGCAAGGCGAUAUACCUUCGAAUUCUCCCAAAGGUGUCCCUUUUGUUGAUGGCCAAGCCUUCUCCGAGCGCCCUCAUGAGACAGUUCAGGAUGGAGUAGCUCGCGAGCAGGUGGAAGAGUCCACCCCUCUGUCGGAGCUUCCACGACAUGUUGUGGCCCCGUCGGUGGAGCUGCAGAUUCUGGUCCCGCUGGAACCCCUUGUUGCAGAUCUCACACAUGAAUCUGUUGGUUGCCAACAAGGUUUUUGGCGACAGUGUAAUUACUUUUGCAUCUGUAUUUGA